CGUCAAUUGAGCCUCUCCAUCUUAUUAGCAUUCAAGUGACCCUCUAUCAUCAACCCGUCGCAGUCUGCUCACUCCGGUCCACCACUUUUUUUUUUGUUAGUCCCUUUAUGCGCAUUGCUAUAUCACAGCCCUAAUUAUGCCUCGGCGACCCGGUCGCGCAGCCGCUAAGCGUGCCGCCGCAAAACUUGAGAGUACCCCGAGAGCCUUCGAGGAGAUCGAAGAUGAAGUAAUGCCAGAUGCCGACGCAUCAGAUGGAGAACAGCAAGCAGAACCCGAGGAACUUGAAAACGAAGAUGAGUCUGGUGCAGAGCCAGAGGAAAACCAAGACUCCGAUGGACCAUCCGUGAAAUCGCCUUCCCCUCCACCUCAGCCAGUUAUUAGGAGGAGACGUCUAGGUCGUCCUCCUAAAAACCGACCGCCGGACUGGGAUACCCUACCGAUCGAGACCCCCCAGCGCGAUCCAAAUGACCCUCCCAGGCGCCGCGGUCGUGGCGGAUGGAGAGGUAGAGGUGGCCGGAAGGGAGCCUCUUAUCAACCGACGCAGCAAACGAUCGACAAAGAGGGCAACAUGAUGGAUAUUGUCGAUGAUGAGGUCGCAUUACCCGAAGACCCCGAAGGAGAGACCAAAGUAGACAAAAUGGGAAACUUACAAGGAGGACGCGAGUACCGUUGCCGAACGUUCACUGUUGCGGGCCGGGGAGAUCGCCUUUAUAUGUUGUCCACCGAGCCCGCCCGUUGUGUGGGAUUCAGAGACUCUUACUUGUUCUUCACCAAACACAAGCGACUCUACAAGAUCAUUGUGGAUGAAGACGAGAAACGGGACAUGAUCGACCGCGAUAUUAUCCCCCAUUCCUACAAGGGCCGUGCGAUAGGAAUCGUCACGGCCCGUUCGGUAUUCCGGGAGUUUGGCGCGUUGAUUAUUGUCGGUGGAAAGCGAAUCGUUGACGAUUACGAAGUUGCCAAGGCCAGAGCCGAAGGCAUCGUGGAGGGCGAGCUUGCGGACCCUAACGACAAGUUCGUCGAGGGCGAGGAAUACAACAAGAACCAGUAUGUCGCUUGGCACGGUGCCAGCGCUGUUUACCACUCAGGGGCUCCCUCUGUUCCCACUCAAAACGGCAAAGUAGAUAUUAAAAAGAGGCGUGUGAAUGUUACAGAUGUCAACUGGCAAUUUGAGCAUGCCCGUGAGGCGAGCCGUUUUAAUUCUGAAAUAGGCGCCAUUCGACGCAUGAAUCUAUCCGGUGUCUACGAUGUUCACACAAAUAUGUUGCAGUAUCCCGCCAUUAUGCAACCUACGCAUGCGAAAAUUGAGCAGGUUGCAGAUUCUUCUGCCCCGACUAGCAGCGUUCGCUUUCCACCGUUAGACCCGAAGAUUCCUCGUAAUUUCAAGGUUAUCGACGCGUACAUGGAGACACCCCCUGCCACCCUCCCGUCUGCUGUAUAUGAGCAGCGUGAUAUACCAGCCUUCCUAGCCGACUUCCAAGGGCUUGGAGCCGUACCGAAAGACGUCUUGGAAGAAUUGCCAGCUGAAUGCCGAGAGGCUUUUGAGAAGGCACGAGAUAGGGAGAGUUCUUGGAAAUCGAAAUGGGGCCCCGAGUCAACCAUGGCUCACCGUAGACCCCCUAUUAUUGACGCUGCAAUUGUCCCUUACAGCAGGAUGUGAGGUUGCUACGGUUUAAGGUCUCGAUAUGCAGGUAUGAUGGCACGUGCUUCUUAAAAGCAGUUUUGUUCUAUAAUCACCUUUCCGGCAGACUAGAAAGGCUACAUCCUAGCAUUUUCGUAUUGUCUAUGGGUGCAUAGUCGUAGCUUCAUGAUGUAAGAGUAGUACAGUCGGGGCGUUUUAGGUCGCGAAGAGACACAGCAGGAUGUUGUCUUAGGUAGACGCGGCAAAGUUGGUAUCGACUGGUAACUAGGCGUUUAACUUUAUUAUUAGAUUCA